GUUUAAAGUAUAAAUAACAUGAAUCAAUACUAUUUUCAAUAAACAAGUAUUCAAUGUUGUUGAUUUUGUUUGUUAAUUUGAUGUGUGACUUGUGAAUAGGGCUGUUUAGGAGCCUUAGACGGCACAUACGUGAGUGUCAUGGUUGGUAAUGAAGACAAACCCCGAUAUAGAACGAGAAAAUGGCAAAUAUCAACUAAUGUUCUAGGUGUAUGUGAUCGAAAUCUGAAUUUCAGUUACGUAUUAUCCAGUUGGGAAGGUUCGACUGCGGACUCUAGGAUCUUACGAGAUGCCAUUAAUAGACCUCAUGGCCUUAAGGUCCCAAAGGGGAAAUACUACUUGUGUGAUAACGGUUACGCGAAUAGUGAUGGUUUCCUAACGCCGUACAAAGGUGUUAGGUACCAUUUAAAAGAGUGGGGACCAAACAAUGCACGACCACAAAACAAAGAGAAACUCUUUAACUUGAGACAUAGUAAAGCAAGGAACGCCAUAGAAAGAGCUUUUGGAAUUUUGAAGAUGAGAUGGGGUAUUCUUAGAUCACCGUCUUUCUAUCCGAUUCGAGUGCAAAAUAGACUCAUAAUGACAGCUUUUUUGCUCAACAAUUUCAUUCGGAUGGAAAUGCCCGUCGAUCCUAUUGAACAACAACUAGAUGCCAUGCCCCAAGAGAACGGUGGAGCAAUAGAUGCAACACCCGAUGAAUUCAUAGAACAAGUAGAUAGUUCCCCCCAAUGGAAUGUGGCGAGGAAUGCCUUGGCCGAUGCUAUGUGGUUGCAAUAUAUAAAUAACAACUAGGUUUGAGACCCUUUUUUAAUAGUACUUGCAUUGAGAACCUUGUUUAGAGUUACAUGAUU